AUGGCUGAGCUGGAAGAAAGAAGCCUCCCCUCUGACUCUCCCACCCUAUCUCAAGGAGCUGGAUUCCAAAGCCCAGGCUAUGUUUUGAAGAGGUGGGCCCACUGUGGGAUGACCUCUUAUCAGUUCCUUGGGAUAGGCUCGGUCAGGUCCCAUGAGGAAGAACCAAACCACUGGGUGCUCACCAAUGUUCCCAAAACCAGCUCAGCUUUUAUGGGCGAUGUCACAUCCCUUAGAUGGUCGCUAAACGGAACACUCAUUGAUCUGGGGAGUGACUACCGGCGUCACAUGUCUGGGGGCAGCCUGAUCAUUAGGAACCUGGACAAGGAUCAAGACAGUGGGAUGUACCAGUGCAUGGCUUUCAACACGUGGGGUUCCAUUCUGAGCCGCAGAGCCAGCAUCCAGUUUGCAUAUCUUGACAACUUCAAAACCCAGUCGGUGAGGAGUGCAGUCAACGUCCGUGAGGGCCAAGGAGUGGUUCUUUUAUGUGGAGCCCCCCCACAUUCAGGAGAGCUGACAUUUGCAUGGAUCUUCAAUGAAUACCCAUACUCUGUCCAACAAGACAGCCGAAGAUUCAUCUCUCAGGAGACCGGGAGCCUGUAUAUAGCCAAAGUGGAGCCCUCAGAUGUGGGCAACUACACUUGUGUGGUCAACAACACCGUCACAAAGCAGAGGGUUCUCAGCUCUCCAACACCACUAGUUCUCAGGAGUGAUGGUGUAAUGGGUGAAUAUGAGCCCAAAAUAGAAGUUCAUUUUUCAGAUUCGGUUCCAGCAGCAAAGGACUCGUUGGUGAAAUUAGAAUGCUUUGCCCUGGGAAACCCUGUCCCAGAAAUAAGCUGGAGGAGAACUAGUGGUGUCCCUUUCCCCAGCAAAGUCAAAAUGAAGAAUUCCAACGCCAUCCUUGAAAUCCCCAAUUUUCAGCAGGAAGAUGCUGGAACCUACGAAUGCAUAGCAGAGAACAGACGGGGCAAAAAUGCUGCGCGGGGUCGUAUUUCUUACCAUGCUAAACCUCAGUGGCUCCAGACCAUAACAGACACAGCUCAGUCCAUCGAAGAGAACCUCUUCUGGGAGUGCAAGGCAAAUGGAAAGCCGAAACCAUCCUACAGCUGGCUGAAGAAUGGCGAGCAAGUAAUGGCUGAGGGCCGGGUACAAAUCGAAAACGGAGCCCUUUCCAUAACUGCGUUAAACCUGUCAGAUUCUGGGAUGUAUCAGUGUGUGGCUGAAAACAAACAUGGCAGUGUUUAUUCAAGUGCCCAGCUAAUGGUGUUAGCUUCUGCUCCGACUUUCUCCAAAAGUCCAUUAAAGGCCUUGCUAAAAGCUCGUUCAGGCAGCGAAGUCACUCUUGAAUGCAAGCCUCAGGCCUCACCCCUGGCAAUUAGCCUGUGGAAGAAGGGGAAUGAGAUCCUGCAAAGAACUGAAAGGAUUACUCUGUUUCCAAAUGGAACUUUAAAGAUUGUCAAUGUAACGAAACGGGACGCAGCUAUCUACACAUGCAUUGCAAAGAAUCAGUUUGGCACAGCAAGUACAACUGGGAGGCUCCUCGUCACCGAGCCCACCAGAAUCACCAUGAGGCCCACUAACAUGGAGAUUAUUGUUGGCGAGAGCAUCGUGUUGCCCUGCCAGAUUGCCUGUGAUCCAGCUCUGGACGUAUCUUUCUCGUGGGCAUUCAAUGGCCAGCUCAUCGACUUCCAGCAAGACCGUGAUCAUUUUGAAAGAGUGGGCGGGAGUAUAUCAGGGGAUCUGAUGAUUCGCAACAUCCAGCUUAACCAUGGUGGGAAGUAUGUCUGCGUCAUCAACACGGAUGUGGAGAGCCUGUCCACCUCUGCGAUUCUGGUUGUCAAAGGUCCUCCUGGCCCUCCAGACAAAGUUGCAGUGGAUGAAAUCACAGAUAGCACAGCACAGCUGUCCUGGACGCCCGGUACAGACAAUGGCAGCCCCAUAACGGGCUACAUCAUUCAGGCUCGGACGCCUUUCACUGUGGGCUGGCAGGCUGUAGAUACAGUGCCGGAGGUUGUCAAUGGCAACAUGCUGACAGCCACUGUGGUUGGUUUAAAUGCCUGGGUGGAGUAUGAGUUCAGGGUUGUGGCCAGAAAUGUUGUGGGCCUUGGAGAACCCAGUCCAGCUUCAGCCAAGACUAGGACAGAAGAUGCCAUUCCUGAUACAGCUCCCACUGAUGUCGGAGGUGGAGGCGGCACAAAGUCUGAAUUAGUGAUAACAUGGGAGCCUUUGCCCGAGGAACUGCAGAAUGGGGAAGGUUUUGGCUACAUCAUCGCCUUCAGGUCUGUGGGCACAGUCACAUGGACACGGGCAGUCAUCUCCACGCCAGGCGUAUCUCGUUACGUCCUCCGCAACGACAGUAUCCCACCUUUCUCGCCUUUCGACGUUAAAGUGGCAGCCUCCAACAACCGGGGGGAAGGACCAUUCAGCUCCAUCGCCACAGUGUAUUCCGCAGAAGACGUCCCCAGUGCAGCUCCUAAGAGGGUUAGGGCCAGAAGUUUGUCGGCAGCAGAAAUUGAAGUGAUCUGGGAAACUCUCCCUUCCCUCCCAGAAAGAGUUCUGGGAUAUGAGGUCGUAUACUGGGAAGAUGACACCAAGCCUGACACUGUUGGCAAAGUGCGCAUUACUGGAAACUACACACAGGUUAACAUCACAGGGCUGAAAGCGAACACGGUUUACUACCUCUCUGUGGCUGCCUUCAACACUGCCGGGCCUGGGCCUCAGUCAGCACCCAUCAACAACACUACAAGGAAACCACCACCAGACAGGGCUCCGCUCAACAUACAAUGGAACAUGAUUGGCUCCACACUAACGCUGCACUGGGACCCUGUAGUUGCCAUGGAGACAGAGUCAAAGGUGACUGGAUAUCUGGUGAUGCUGAAAAGACAUCGAUACAACGACAUCCACACCAUCUUCACCACAAAAACCACAGCCGAGUUGAGCCUCUCCGCCGGUGACAACUAUCUCAUUCAGAUCAAGGUUUUGAGCGAAGGCGGGGAAGGUGUGGGCAGCGAACCCAUCCACAUCCACAAAUUAAGUAUGGGAGCUCGUGGUUCUGGAGCCAGCGGUCUCAGAUGGUUGUCUUCUUUCACAGUCCUCAUCAGUGUAUUCUUCUGCUCUAUCUGGUGAUGGCCAGGCUUCCCCCCUCUUUUUAUCCCUUCAUUCAGCUUGUCCCAUGUUAAACCCCCCACUGGACAAAGGUCUAUGUCUUAGCAGACCUGGGAGGGAAGAGAAAAGACUACAUCAAAGUCUUAAGAGGAACAUGCCACUUCGUUUAAAGAGCCAUCCAAAAGAGAAGUGAUGAAUCACUUGCAUGAUAUUUUGUGCAACUUCUUUGAUAGAAACUUGCCAACCUUCUCGAGAUUUUACUCUACAAGUUGCCUAUGUCUCUAGACAUACCCUAGCUUCAUCACUUCUUAGAAUUGCCUUAAAACCUGCUUUGAUGAAACAGUCCAUACCAAAGUAGGCAACAGGGGCUGCUUCUUCCAUACAAAAGAGAGAUUAAUCUAAACCCUUCAUCCAAAGGUAUUUUUCUGACUCAACUGAAGUUAACACAUUGCUUUGCAAAGUCUUCAUAUCCCUUGAACUUUUUCAUAGUAUAACCUUAAGCCUCAAUCUAUUUUUUGAAUCAAAAUUUUACCCGAAAGACUUACACAAUGUUGCAAAUAAUAAUAAAGUGGAAUAAAUAGGAGAUAAUUUUUAAGCAUUUCACCAAAACAAAUCUGAUAAGUGCGCUGUGCAUGUGUAGUUUGCCUCCUUGUGUUUUACACUCCAAAAAUAGCCAGUGCAACACCUGGCUGUUUUUCAUUUUACCUAUUCAAUUUUUGCACAUUGUCAUAGUACUUGCUGCUGAAAAGCCAAGCAAGUUCAAUGACCUCUAACUUUGUAUAGCCUUUUUUGAUUUCUCACAGUGAUUCUAUAGUCUAACCUCAAGGAAGCAGAAGAUCCAAGAAGAUAAGAAAAUAUUUGGUUGCAUUAACAAAUACAGCUCAUUACAACUUACCCCAGGCUCACACCGACUCCGGUCUUACCGUUGCGGUGCGGUGGGUGCGGCGCCGCAGUGAUUCCAAGUCAUUGAAAAGACGUAAACCUCUCUCACCGGCUGCUGAGCUGUCCGGCUGCGGUU